CGCCGUCCAAAGGCGCUCAGAAGCAGACAGGCGCUACCGAGGGCUUCCCCACGGGACAGACGCUCGCGGACGCUCGGCACCAGGUCAGGAGCGGAGUAUUCAUUGAAAGGAUGGCGCGCUGCUGCUGCGCCCUGGCGGCGGCCUGUCUGGCCCUGGGAGCCGCCCUGCUGCCCUCGAGCCUGGCCCAGCCGGCGCCCAGGCAACCAGCCGGCGACCUGGACGAGGCCUUCGGCUACGGCGACAAGCGCGCGCCCGCCAUGGGCUUCCAGGGCAUGCGCGGCAAGAAGGACAUGGACCUGGCGGGCAAGCGCGCGCCCUCCAGCGGCUUCGUGGGCAUGCGCGGCAAGAAGCUGCUGCUGCCAGAGGACCUGGAUCUCUACGAGAAGCGCGCGCCGUCGGCCAUGGGCUUCCAGGGCAUGCGCGGCAAGAAGUACGACGACGGCGUGUUCGCGGACGACAAGCGGGUGGGCUUCGUGGGCAUGCGCGGCAAGAAGCAGCCGGACGAGGAGCAGGAAGACGGCGGCGACGAGGAGAUGCUGGAGCUGCAGGAAGCGCUGCUGGGCCGCGACGACUACUACAAGAGGGCGCCCUCGGCCGGCUUCCUGGGGCUGCGCGGCAAGAAGGCGCCCUCCGACUCGUCCUUCUUCGGCAUGCGCGGCAAGAAGGACCCGCGCGACCUGGACGAGCUGCUGUACUACCUGGGCGCCGGCCUGCGCGAGCCCGCCCCGCGCCAGAAGAGGUUCCCCAGCAGCAUCAAGAAGAAGCCCAGCGGCUUCGUGGGCAUGCGCGGCAAGAAGUACUGGGCCGACAGCUCAGAUGCAGCACUCCUGGAAGACAGCGAAGCGGAGGUCAAGUCAGCCCAAUGAACCACGUUGACGACCCGCCCUCAUGCAGCGAGUUGUGUCUCGCUCUCCUUGCUGCAGCAAUAGGCGACUACUACCACUCAGACAUGUUCCUCUGCAGUUAGUACUACAGAACUCUAUCCCCUGUGUACUCACACUGAAACAUUGUUUCCCCAUAAACGUGUUUUCCACCUCCAGGUCUCAAUAACAAACUUUAUUCCUAAUUCCUUCCUAAUAUUGCACAAUGUAAACUAAAAGCAUUUACAAUGGUCUCAUUCGACUGUUUUCAUUUACAUUACGAAAAUGUUACUCUUUUUAAUUACUAUCAUAAACUUAUGUUGUUGAAAGUGUUGGACACUUGUCUACAUUACCUAACCUAAUCUAUGACUGUCUACAAUUUACGUACUGUACUAGCGUACUUGUUUUCUUUGAAUAAUGUUUGUGUAAAAGAUAAAACUGUGAAGUAAAUAAAAUUAAAAAAAUACUGUUACACAAUGGACAGAAGAUGAAAUCAAAAAUUUUUUGUUUUGAAUGGCCAGAAUAAUUGCUACAUUGUAGAGGGAAAUGUGAGGAAAAUUAAAAUUUUAUUUUUUAAAUACAGAGAAAUUAAAUGUAUUUAAAAAGUGUAA